CUCGUCAGUUGUCGCGUUUUACACAAGGUAGCAUAUCAAGAUUCUCCAUGAUAUAGAUAAGUCUGAUCGUCAUAAGAACCUCACCAAUAAAGUGCAUCGGAUAUCUUAUCUAUCAUCACGCAGCUCAUGCAUAUAGCACGUCAUGAGGGGUGCAUUGAACUUUUACCCGUAAUUGCGAGAUUUACAUUUACAGAAAGAGUUUUGGACAAAUACUUGGCAAUAUGCAUGUUGAAAAUACCAGCCAGCGUGCGAACAAUCGAUGGUGUCAAAGGCAAGGAUCAUAUCGAAACAUUGGCAGCUCGAACUGUCGAGUUUUUUUUCCGAACAUCUUCACCAAGAUAAAUCAUUUAAAUUAACCAAAUUUUCAUAUAGAAGAAAUACUUAUUGGUACUCAAAUCUAUUCUUUUCCAGAUUGAAGAUGAGUUCCAAGAAUAGCUUGGUUGUACACAACCACGUGAUCGAUAAUACCAUCUCGGAAGAAGUCUCGAACUCCGUCAUCCAAAAGAAUACCCAAAAGAAAUGGACUAGUUAUAUAUGGGAUACCUUGGAUAAAUCACCUCAAGAAAGAGCAUUCUUAUUCAAGCUUGACUUGGCUGUUUUGACGUUUGCUUCCCUGGGUAAGUCUUUCAUUGUCAAUAUUUGAGGCACCCCGCACCCUCAUACGACUUCAAGUCUUCUAAACUUUAAUGAUUUAGGAUACUUCAUAAAGUACUUGGAUCAACAAAACAUCAACAAUGCAUUUGUCUCUGGGAUGAAAGAGGACCUAGGGUUGUACGGAAACCAACUCAAUUAUAUGGUGGCCACAUGGACAGCGGGAUAUGUAAUUGGUGGGAUUCCUAGCAACAUCAUACUCACUCGAGUACGACCUUCUAUAUGGAUCCCCACGAUUGAAGUAUGUGACAGACUUCCAAAAUCUAUUGUUUGAGGAUGGAGCUGAAAGUGGUACAGAUAGUCUGGACAGUCUUGACUAUGUGUAUGUCCCGCUGCAAUAAUGUGUCGCAGAUAUAUGCGUUGCGGUUCCUGAUUGGUUUGGCUGAAAGUGGUUUCUAUCCUGGAAUGCAAUAUAUCAUCGGAUCGUGGUACAGAAGAGAUGAGUUGGCGAAAAGAUCAUGCAUAUUUCAUGCUACAGGUGCUCUUGGAUCAAUGUUUUCCGGCUAUUUGAUGGCGUCUGUAUACCAUCUCGAUAACAAAGGCGGUCUGAAAGGUUGGCAAUGGUAUGAAGCUCGAGAUAAGUUAAUCAUAACAGUUAGAAUAGUGACUCACGGCUAAGUAGGCUUUUCAUAAUCGACGGCGUGAUUUCACUUCCCAUCGCCAUAGCGGGCUAUUUCGUGCUUCCAGAUGUUCCAGAAAUCGCGAAGGCGUGGUACUUUUCUGAAGAGGUUUGUGCUUAACCAGCUUGUUGUUUUCCUGCUAAUAAGAUAAUAGGAACUGGAGUACGGUAAGAAACGCAUGGAAUUAGAAGGUCGGGAGCAGAGAAAGCCAUAUACAAAAGCAAAGAUAACGAAGAUAUUUUCAUCAUGGCACAUAUAUGCUCUAACACUUUUAUAUGUGUAUGGCUUUUUGGUCCCAAACAACUUAGAUUCUGCUGACAAGCAUUCAGAGCUUUCAACAAUGGAGCGAGUGGGGCGGCGCCAAUUUUUGCCCAAUUUCUGAAAGAUUCAAAAAACCCUAAGUACACUGUGGGGCAAAUAAAUACAUAUCCGACGGGUACUUCGGCAGUACAAAUUGUAACAACGCUUGCCUAUGCCUGGACUUCAGACACUAUCUUGAAUGGUAUACGCUGGCCACCAAUUAUCUUUGGAGGUGCUGUGAACAUCACGUGUUAUGUUUCUCUCGCAAUAUGGGACAUACCAAUUGGAUGGAAAUGGGCCUGUUAUUAUAUCAUGGGCUCUGGGUAUGGCCUUUCCGGUAUUUGCAUGGCGUAAGUGUUCAUGGACCUCAUAGACAGUUUUAAAUACUGACAAUGUACCAACCAGAUGGGCCCAUGAGAUAUGCAAUCAAGAUAAUGAAGAAAGGGCGAUAGUGAUUGGAACGAUGAAUGAGAUGGCAUACGUUGUUCAAGCUUGGUUACCAUUAAUUGUUUGGCAACAAGUUGAUGCGCCAGAGUAUCGAAAGGGGUUCAUCACCAUCAGUGUACUUUCUUUCAUUCUCAUCCUGACGGCUUUUUUGAUCAGAUUUUUGUGGAACCGGGAGAAACUUCAGUGAGUGGAGAUUGAUAACUCUAAUGGUCAACCUUGUUGAUACUGAUGCGGAUUUAUUAGGGAGGCCGAGCGAAAACGUGAAUCGGAACAAUGAGAGUUUGUUAUGCAUAUUGAACUAGAAUAUUAACAACUUGUAGUUCUUUUCGAGUUAGAUAUCGGCGGCUAGUUGUUGAUUUGAGUUGGGACAAUACUAUUGUUUCUCCAUCGAACAGAACAUUGAAUGCUUAUGCUCAUUCUGAAUGGGGGGAAAAGGCGUGUUG